UAAUUUGAAUAUGUAAACAUGUGCCAUUCUGUGCUUGCCAUAGUAAUUUCAUUAAAUUUAUUUAGUUCAAACGUUUAUAAAAGUAUAAUAAAAAUAUGGCUAUGUAUUCGACGAAAUUUUUGCUGAUCCAAUGUGCAAAAAACAAUCUACAGCGAUGCUUCUCUUCGCAAAAAGGCCAAGUGACAUCAUUAUACGAGUUCCACAUUAAAAAUGGAGGGAAAAUGGUGAAUUUCGGAGGCUAUCAACUUCCGGUUCAAUAUAGUGAUCAAUCGAUUGUCAAUUCCCACAUUUUUACAAGAAAAAAUGCAAGUAUUUUCGAUGUGUCACAUAUGCUUCAGACUGAAAUUAAAGGCAAACAUAGCAUAGAAUAUUUUGAGACGUUAUGCACCGCAGAUAUAAAAGGUCUAGAGGAAAACAGUUCAGUAUUAACUGUAUUUACGAACGAAAAUGGUGGUAUUUUAGACGAUCUAAUUGUUACUAAAAUUAAUGAAGAAUUUCUUUACGUCGUUUCAAAUGCAGCUAUGAAGCAACAGGAUCAGGAAAUUAUGUCGCGGGGUUUGAACUCAUUCCAGAAGCGCGUAAAUUCCGCUUCUGAUAUCAGAAUACAGUUCUUUCAUACCUUGGAAAGAACUUUAAUAGCCUUACAAGGACCGAAAGCAUCUACAGCAUUACAAAGUAUUACCGACUUAGACCUAUCAAAAUUAUAUUUUAUGAAAACAGCUGUAGGGAGUGUUGCAAAUGUACAAAAUUGUCGAAUUUCACGCUGCGGAUACACGGGUGAAGAUGGUUUUGAAAUAUCUAUACCCGCCGAAAGGUCCGAAAACGUCGUUCAAACUUUGUUAGAAAAUUCCGAUGUAAAGCUGGCAGGAUUGGGUGCUCGAGAUUCGCUAAGGUUGGAAGCCGGUCUUUGUCUAUAUGGAAGUGAUAUUAAUGGCGAGACCACUCCGGUGGAUGCGGCUUUAACCUGGUUGGUUGCCAAAAAAAGAAGAGAAACAAAAGACUUUCCUGGAGCCGAUAAAAUAGUACAGCAAAUAAAGGAAGGUUCAAAAAUAAAACGGGUGGGAAUAACGUCAUCGACUGGUCCACCACCACGACACGGGACGAUAAUUUUAUCAGAAGAUGGCCAAGAAAUCGGAGAAAUAACCUCUGGAUGUCCGUCGCCGACGUUGGAAAUUAACGUAGCGAUGGGUUACGUACCAGCAAAAUCUAGUAAAGUCGGUACAAAAGUAGGAUUGAAAAUUCGAGGAAAACAGUACAAUGGGAUUAUUACAAAAAUGCCAUUUGUUAAGAGUAAUUAUUAUAAUAAAGUAAACUAAUAUGAAA